ACUGCUGGACUACAUGUACAGUCAUAGAGGGGUGACUGCUGGACUACAGUGACCACAGAGAAAAUGGCGCCCGGGAAGCGACUCCUGAACCUGGAGACCAUGAACCAGGCAGUCCUGGAUGUGAAGGUUCCUAUUCUGGGGUCAUUGUGGGCCCGAGCGGUGGAGAUGCAGCGUGAGAUCAAUCAGGGGAUUGUCAAGCCGUUCGGGAACAUCACACGAUGCACUUUUGGGGACCAGCAGGCCAUGGGGCACAAACCGCGCACCUUCCUGAGACAGGUGGCCGCUCUGUGUACCUACCCGGACCUGCUGAACACUGAGCACUUUGCAGAGGACGCCAAACGCCGGGCCCGGGAGAUCUUGAAGAACUUGGAUAACGGCUCAGUGGGCAGCUACAACCCAAAUUACGUAUCUCGGGUUCUGCCCUCCAAGAUCGCCACGUUCCUCGAACGGAGAGACGGCGGAGUCCCCGCUAACCCCAGGAACAUUAUAGUGUCUGGGGGGAUGUCCAAGGCCAUUCUGAACGUGCUGUUGCUGGUGGUGAAUGAAGAGGAGCCGCUGAGGACGGGUUUUGUGGUCCCCGUGCCGCACUAUCCACUCUAUGGGGACGCCAUCGCGCUGUUUGGUGCCACGAAGGUGGAGUACGUCCUGGACGAGGAGCGCGGAUGGGCGGUGAAUGUGGACAGGAUUCGGGAGUCGCUCUGCGCUGCCCGGAAACACUGCACCCCAAAAGUCCUGUGUGUCCUCAACCCCGGAAACCCCACCGGACACGUCCUCAGCAGAGACAACAUUGAGGAGAUCAUCAGACUGGCCGCUGAAGAGAAUCUGCUGCUUUUCGCUGAUGAGGUGUAUCAGGAGAACGUUUUCGCCCCAGGAGCCGUGUUUCAUUCCCUGAAGAAAGUUCUGUUUGAAAUGGGGCCGGAGUAUUCUGAGCGGGUCCAGCUGGUGUCCAUCUACUCCAUCUCCAAGGGGAUCAGUGGAGAGUGCGGCCUCCGUGCCGGCUACAUUGAGUUUGUUAAUGUGGAUCGGGCUGUGUUUGAAUACUUCGCUAUCCUGAAAUCCUAUGAUAUUCCUUCCAUCAUUGCUGUGCUGGCAAUGGAGGUUCUGGUGGACCCCCCGCAGCCUGGAGACCCCUCUUAUGAGACUUUCCAAGCCGAGGCACAGAAUCUACUGAGCACUCAGCUGGAGAAGGCCCGGCUGGCAGAGGAAAUACUAAACCGGGCCCCGGGAAUCCACUGUAACCCCAUCCACGGGGCCCUGUACGCUUUUCCCCGUAUCCAGAUCCCGGAGAGAGCCGUCAGCUUGGCGCAGGAACGGGGCCAGGCACCUGACGUUUUCUUCUGCCACCUUCUCCUGGAGGAGACCGGCAUCGUCUUGGUGGACGGGACCAGCUUCGGCCAAGCAAAGGGGACUUACCACUUUAGGAUAUCUCUGCUCCAUCCUCUGGAGGAACUGAAAUCCAUCCUGGAGAAGAUCGUAGAAUUCCAUGGGACAUUUCUCCAGGAAUAUUCUUGAGCCACCUCCGAAGUCCCG